GCAGGAUGGACGCCUCACAUGUUGUCGUGCGACUGCAACAGUCCAAGGGCCUCCAGGAUGCCUUUCGUGUUCAUCUGCUCCCCGAGAGUCUGACCGAUGCUGGACUCAAGCUCAACGAUCUGUGCCACAUCAUCAGCGAGGACGGAAAUACCACCGGCUAUGGCAUUGCCUGGAGAGCAGAAGACAAAAUGGGCAGCAGACCCAAACUGCGACCGGCCAAGAUGUCGGAGACGUUUCGAGACCUCUACGACUUCAAAGAUGGCUCCAAAGUGCGAGUCACACGCACUGAAACGAAGCUGUAUCCCGCCGACAAGAUCGUCCUUUACGACGUCACGCCUGAAGGGCAUAACAAGCCCGAUGCGGUGGACGAGACCAAUUGGGAGUGGAGAAUCGGCUCCUUGUUUGAGGAGUCUGACGCAUUGGCUCCUGGUGUUUCUUUUGAAGUUGUGGGCGCCAAAAAGUUUCGACGACGUUUUCACGUGGAAUCUAUCGAAUCUGCCAUUGCUCCGACCAUAGAUGCCAACUGCUUAUAUCGUGUUAGAAGAGGAACCGUGAUUACUUUGCCUGGCGGCACCAGCACCAGACCCAAUACGGCGAGCAGUGUUGGCCAGUUUUCCACCAGCGGCAUCAAUCACGCCGUCCAGCUCCCUGGCCGCAAUGGAGACACGGCCCCUUUCCACGGACACACUCGCCAUGGAAUUGAUACACAUCGAAUUGGUGGCCUGCUUGAACAGAUCCAACGACUGAAUAGGCAGAUCAGACGUCUUCUCGAUACUGCUUUUGAUAUCAACUACUUUGGUUCUGGAAUUGCCAAUCCUGCCGUGUUGCUCCACGGCUAUCAAGGCUGUGGCAAAACCACAUUGCUCGAUGCUAUUGCCGAAAGUGGCUUCCGCAAAGUCUUUCGUCUCAAGCGUCAAGUCUUGGUCAGCGGCACCCUCAGCAAAGGACGAACAGAAAUACAAGACACGUUCCAAGAAGCCGUUCUACCUGCCAAUCAACCAUCCCUCAUUGUGAUUGACGACCUGGACAAGCUCGCAUCCGCCGAUGACGACAAGUUCUCCGACACGCUCCUCGAACAGAUCAAACAGGCGAGAAGCAGCCGAGUGAUGAUUGUCGCUGCAUGCAGGUCUCUUGCGAGUCUUCCCGACACGCUCGUCCGAGCCGACGGCUUCUCCAAGCAUAUCGAGAUCCCCAUUCCGGAUGUCACUGCUCGUCAACAGAUCUCAGACGUGCUGUGUCAGAAGCUGGAUCUCGUCAAGAGCAACAUACCGCAGCAGAUCGCGUCGCGGACACAUGGUUUCACGGGCGAUGAUCUGAAACAGCUGUACAUCCAAGCUGUAGAAUGUGCUCUCGAUCGUGCGGAGCGACACUCUGCAGACCGAGACUCAGACAUUCUGCCCGGACUUCCCACCUACAGUGAAGCCAAUGGUCUUUCCGAAAGUGCUUUCCAUCCCAGCAGUACCACCGCUGUAUAUGACAUCAAACUAGAAGAUUUCGACCGAGCCCUAACGAGUAUCGUCCCUACAGCUCUGCGCGAAGUCUUCACCGACAAGCCCAAAGUCAAAUGGAGCGACAUAGGCGGCUCAGACAAAGUCCGAGAUUCCUUCGACCACAUCAUCGGCCAACAACAACAACACAAAGCGCUCUUUGCCGAAUUCCGCCGCAAACCCGAAAAAGGUGUCCUCCUCUACGGACCACCAGGAUGUUCCAAAACCUUGACCGCCCAAGCCGUAGCGACGAGUUACAAAUUCAAUUUCAUCUCCAUCAAAGGCGCCGAACUCAUCAGUAAAUACGUCGGCGACUCGGAAGCUCGCGUGCGCGAAGUCUUUCAAAAAGCCAAAACUGCCGCUCCUUGCGUCAUCUUCUUCGACGAAAUCGAUGCUAUUGCCGCCUCUCGCGACGAGGGCAGCCAGAGUGGUUUGAAUGUGUUGACUACACUCUUGACGGAAAUGGAUGGGUUCGAGGCAUUGAAGGAUGUGUUUAUCCUCGCGGCCACGAAUAAACCCGAAGCGCUCGAUCCUGCUUUGAUGAGACCGGGUCGCUUCGACUCGCAUGUAUACCUGGGCCCUCCCAACAUUGCGGCGCGACAGGACAUUUUCCGCAUUGCUUGCGAUGGCGUCCCGCUGGCCGAGUCGGUGAAAUUCGCCAGUUUGGCGGGACUGACAGAUGGAUAUUCGGGUGCAGAAAUUGUCAGAAUUUGUGAUGUGGCCAAGGACCUGACCAUGAGGAGAAUCGGCUUGGCAGAGCCGGGCUCACGUCACAUUACCAUGGACGAGUUCAAGGCCGCCAUUCGUGAGGUGAAAAAGGGCAUUACCAAGGAGAUGCUGGAUGCGUAUGCAAAGUUUGCUACUCGUGGCGACGCUGUAUAAUCUCUAGGUGGUGCUCUCUGCGUCUUCGCAGGCCACGCCGCUACACUCGUAGGUUGCGCAGAGGUCUUUCAUCCUAUGCGAAAACUUCGUCUUCCAAUCCCACCCUGUCGAUAUUCUUACAACCAAAGUACCCGCUUGAACGCUGCAAAUCUUGAAAUCUAAUCCAUAAACAAUCACAGCCAUGUGAUCUAUUGCAUAACCGCCUUGCAUGCUACAGCCUCUGCUGUCAUUGGCCAUGACUCAGCGGUCGCAAAGGAGCGCAGCCAUAUGCGGGACUACUGGACGACCGAUAGCUCAGCUGCAAGUCUUCGAGUCCGAGCCACUAAUUUAGUUGCGUGCUGCUUUCUCAACAAUCCCUCAACUUCUUUCGACAACUCGCGUUGCGAAAGGUGUUCUCUCGUCCAUGGUAGAGUAUCCAGAAUCGUCCCCCUCCUGCACUCGGAUUCGAACAAUCGAGAGUCUUGACUCUCGGUGUCGUGGGUUUUCGGGUAGAAACGGCACGACGCCAUCAACAUGGUGGUGCUCGCCACUCUUUUUCCUGUUAAUGAAGAACGCCUGCAAUGUACCAAUCAGAGCAACAAGUGCUGAUGCCCACCAGGCAAUUGCCGUGAGCUCCAUUUUCAUGCCGGUACUGUAAAGGAGUCCUGCGAUUGGCGAUGCCACACAUCUGGCCCCAGCGCCAACAGAUGCUGCUAGUCCGUUGAUCUUCCCGAAGCAACGAGGGCUUGGCGAAGCUUCCUUGAUCAAGAUAAGCAGCACCGGGAAUGCGAUAAUGGAAAAGAAGUUCCGCACGGCCAGAGCACCAUAAAUGCCGGGGUAAAGCCAGUUCUCUGGGAGUAGGGCCAGGUAUGGAACGAUAAAGUAUGCGAUGGGAUGUCCGAUUGCAGUCAUCAGGAAUGCUCGCCAAGCUCCAAGCCAGCUGACUACCAAAGGAAAGAUCAGAGCCUGAACAACAAGCGCUAUGAUGCCAUUGAAGCUCAUGAUGACACCGGUAUCUCGCACACUCAGGCCAAGACCACCAGCAAGAGCAUUGUGUCGUGAGGCGACUGGAGCGAUAAUCGCUCUCAUGAUUCGACCACCAGAGGGCACGCGCUCAUCUUGGAAGAAGAUCGGCAUCAGAUGAUCGUAUGUCAUGGAGUGAUAUGUGAAUAUGCCCAGAGCCACAGUCAGCAAUAUGACGCGCUUAGUGAAGACCUUCGAAUCGUCUGUCCGACUGUGCUGACUUGGCGUUCGACUCGUCCCGUCUGGUUUCAGGUCCCACUCUUCUUCUACUGCUUCCUCAUCAACGGCAUUGAAAGUGCCGUAGCUUUCGUGGGUGAGAGUAGCACCCGACGUGGUCAAACCUGCCUGAGCGGGCAACAUUGGUGUCUCGGCACUUGAUUCCUGUAGCUGCUGGGGCGUACUCCAUGGUUGCAUGUCCGGAUGAGUCUCGACCAGCAGAAAGUAACCAGCGAUGACUGACACCAGCAUCAGUGCAGAGCAGAUCAGGUUUGGCAGUAGGUACGGGAACUUGUCGAAUAUGCCGCCUUUGUGGAAGAACUGUGGGUAGGUUUCGACAGGCUCUGCAAAGACACCUCCGAUCGAUGGUCCUAAUAUCGUUCCGACACUCCAAACAAACGGCAUUACGGCGUAAGCUUUCGGUUCGUGCUUUGGAUUGACCACAAUCUCUCCCACCAUGGUUUGUAUGACACCAACGUUACCAUUCAAUGCACCUGCGAGGCAGCGGCCAAGCAAAGCAAUCCAGAAGUUGGGUGCAAAGCCUACCACGAGCAGAGAAGCGAUGGUACCGAUGCAUCCCAUAAGGACAACUGGUUUGCGGCCAUACCUAUCACUCACACCACCCCAGAAGUAGCAGAAGAGAGUUUCGGUGAGAGACAUUGCCGAGAUGAGGAUCCCGGCGUAAAAGGACGCAUUGCUCUUGUCUCCAACAUUGAAGUGGAGAACGAGUUUCCAUGCCCAAGGGAAUAUCGAUGUGAUGGCGAUUGGCUCUGAGAGUCGUACCAAUGCCAGGAGAAACAGUUGUGUAGUGGGAAACUUGUUGGGGUCUCGAAGAGAGGCGGUUCUUGUUUGUGUUAACACCAUACUGCAAGGAAUGACUCCGAUCUUACGUCGACCCUCGCACACUGCCGACACCAGCCGACACCAACAGCGCGUUGGUGCAGAAGUGUUGUGUAUUUGGAUUCCGUGACAACACGAUCGCCGGGUAUGCUCUUCGUCGCUGAUGAUGAUCGAGGGCGGAAGGCAAUCACCCAGAUGGCUGGUGUGAGAGAUGUGGAGAUGUCUUGGAUCGAGUGGAGGUGGCUGUGGAAGCGGAGGUGGUAGUGGGAGUGGUAGUGAGAUUGGAGUUGGAAGUGAAGGUGGAGGUGGAAGUAAGAAGAAGGCGGCGGUCACUGCGGAAACCGAAGAGAAAGCGAGUGGAAGAGAGAGAGAGAGAGAUAAAACUGCCUCAGCCCGCGUUCGUGAGAGCUCUAGAAUAGUCCUAGCGCAUGUGGGGGGUCUUGCUCUGUCUUGGCUCCAUUCAUUCGUUCGGACUUGCCACUCACUCUUCACGAGACGGGAAGGUACGAUGCAGCACUAAGGUACCUCCUACCUCCUUCCCACAUAUGUACUUUUGAAACAAUGACACAAAUGAGAAC